AUGGAGCCAGAAAGCAGAGUGGAGCGCGGGCGCAUCUGCGGUCAGGCUUCUCCCAUAGCGUUACGUUGCGGCGAGUCUCGUGUACGGGUGUCGCACCGGAACUACGUCAUCGGCGCAUCACUCGGAGCGAGAUGUGGAAAAACUUUCAUUCAGAAAGGAAACCUUGCUGCACACCAGAGAACUCACACAGGUGAGCGGCCUUUUUGCUGUUCAGCGUGCGGGAAAUGUUUUGCACAGAAAAACGCUCUUCUUGUACACCACAGGAGACACGCAGAAUGCGGGAAAACUUUUAACAAGAAAAACGACUUUCGUAACCACCAGAGAAUUCAUGAGGAUCCUUGUUCAUGUUCAGAGUGUGGGAAAAGUUUUACACUAAAAGCCAAUCUUAUUCUACACCAGAAAAUUCACACAGGUGUGCGUCCUUACUCAUGUUCAGAGUGCGGGAAAGAUUUCAUUCGGAAACCCUACCUUACUGCACACAAGAGAAUUCACACGGGAGAGCGUCCUUUUUCAUGUUCUGAGUGUGGGAAACGUUUCACUCAUAAUCAAGCUUUUGUUACACACAAGAGAAUUCACACGGGUAAGCGUCCUUAUUCAUGUUCAGAGUGCGGGAAAUCGUUCAUUUAUAGACAAGCUUUUGUUGCACACCAGAGAAUUCACACAGGUGAGCGUCCUUAUUUAUGUUCAGAGUGCGGGAAAUCUUUCACUCAUAGACAAGGUUUUGUUACACACCAGAGAAUUCACACAGGUGAGCGUCCUUAUUCAUGUUCAGAGUGCGGGAAAUCAUUUACUCAGAAAGGAGACUGUAACAAACACCAGAGAAUUCACACUGGAUUCCCCAGAAGUGAAAGUAAAAGUUACAAUCUGUGCUGUGAGCGGCUGGUCAGGGCUGAUCAUUUAGCUGAGGGCUCUACCCUCUUUACAAAUAUUAAACCGCGGGUAGGAAUGAUGGAAGUGGGCGGAGUCACCCGUAUCGGAAGCGCUGAUGAAGAACAGUUGUAUAUGAAAGUUGAGGUUAAAGAGGAAGAAGAGGGUAUAAACCAGAGUGAGUGUGAUAAUCCUGUUAAAGACGAGAUAAAAGAAGAAGAGGAGGAGAAUGAAAAACGAAGGGAUAUGAAAGUUGAGGUUAAAGAGGAAGAAGAGGAAACAUCUGUGAUGAAUUAUGAGCAGACUAUGGAGAAGGUCGGGAUGAUGGUGACAACUAAACCAGAGGAACCUUCUCUAGAUAUAAACACAAGUGAGUAA